CCACUGUACUCUAUCGUGGGUGACAACAGAGCAAGAGCAAGACUCCGUCUCCGACAACAACAACAACAACAACAACAACAAGAAAACAACAAAAAAAAAACAAGGCUGCGUGGGAGGCAGAAAGAGCUAAUGCAGCCACGCUUGUCCCCUCGGGGCCACCGUCCCCACCCAGACUUCCGGCCUGCCUUAAAACGCUCAUGCGUAAGUGCGUGGGCAGGAGGGCGGGCUCAAGCGUAGCUCGUGGCGUUCAUUGGCUGUGCAGGGCCGAGGGAGGGGGGUGCAAGGCCGCCGCGUGACGUCAGGACGCCGCGGUCAGGACGUCGAAGCCAAAGAAGACCAGAGCCAGCCGGGUGGCCGAGCGGUGUCGUGGCCGUGUUGCUAAUCGCCUGGGUGGUUGUUGGCGUGUCCCUGCAGCGAAGGGUCCUGGUUGACAGUGAAAAAGCAGUCUGGCUCCCGAGGUCCACCCCUUAUACCCCAAGGUCCAGAUGGCGGCCAACGUGGGUGAUCAACGUAGCACAGAUUGGUCUUCUCAGUACAGCAUGGUGGCUGGGGCAGGCCGAGAGAAUGGCAUGGAGACGCCGAUGCAUGAGAACCCGGAGUGGGAGAAGGCCCGCCAGGCCCUGGCUAGCAUCAGCAAGUCAGGAGCUGCCGGCAGCUCUGCCAAGUCCAGCAGCAAUGGGCCUGUGGCCAGCGCACAGUACGUGUCCCAGGCAGAGGCCUCAGCUUUGCAGCAGCAGCAGUACUACCAGUGGUACCAGCAGUACAACUAUGCCUACCCCUACAGCUACUACUAUCCCAUGAGCAUGUACCAGAGCUACGGCUCCCCUUCCCAGUAUGGGAUGGCCAGCUCCUAUGGCUCAGCCACACCCCAGCAGCCAUCUGCACCGCAACACCAAGGGACUCUGAACCAGCCCCCAGUCCCCGGCAUGGAUGAGAGCAUGUCCUACCAGGCUCCCCCUCAGCAGCUGCCGUCGGCUCAGCCCCCUCAGCCCUCAAAUCCCCCGCAUGGGGCUCACACGCUCAACAGUGGCCCUCAGCCUGGGACAGCUCCAGCUACACAGCACAGCCAGGCGGGGCCUGCCACGGGCCAGGCCUAUGGGCCACACACCUACACUGAACCUGCCAAGCCCAAGAAGGGCCAACAGCUGUGGAACCGCAUGAAGCCGGCCCCUGGGACUGGAGGUCUCAAGUUCAACAUCCAGAAGCGACCCUUUGCUGUCACCACCCAGAGCUUUGGCUCCAACGCAGAGGGCCAGCACAGCGGCUUUGGCCCCCAGCCCAACCCUGAGAAAGCUCAGAACCACAGCGGGUCCUCUGCCCGGGGGAACCUGUCUGGGAAACCCGAUGACUGGCCCCAGGACAUGAAAGAGUACGUGGAGCGCUGCUUCACCGCCUGUGAGUCGGAGGAGGACAAGGACCGCACGGAAAAGCUGCUCAAGGAGGUGCUGCAGGCGCGGCUGCAGGACGGCUCGGCCUACACCAUUGACUGGAGCCGGGAGCCCUUGCCGGGGCUGACCCGGGAGCCUGUGGCUGAGAGCCCUAAGAAGAAGCGGUGGGAGGCCGCUAAUAGCCUUCACCCGCCUAGAGGGGCAGGCUCGGCGACAAGGGGCGGGGCUGCCCCGUCCCAGCGAGGGACGCCCGGGGCUGGGGGUGCUGGUCGAGCCCGGGGCAACAGCUUCACCAAGUUUGGCAACCGCAACGUCUUCAUGAAGGACAACAGCUCUUCUUCCAGCACAGACUCUCGCUCCCGCUCCUCCUCCAGGUCCCCGACGCGCCACUUCCGCAGAAGUGACUCCCACUCAGACUCCGACAGUUCCUACUCAGGGAAUGAGUGUCACCCCGUGGGCCGCAGGAACCCGCCCCCUAAGGGCCGGGGCGGUCGAGGGGCCCACAUGGAUCGGGGCCGAGGCAGGGCACAGCGUGGGAAGAGGCACGAUCUGGCUCCCACCAAGCGCAGUCGAAAGAAGAUGGCGGCGCUGGAGUGUGAGGACCCAGAGCGAGAGCUGAAGAAGCAGAAGCGGGCAGCCCGCUUCCAGCACGGACACUCCCGCCGCCUGCGCCUCGAGCCCCUGGUGCUGCAGAUGAGCAGCCUGGAGAGCGGCGGGGCUGACCCUGACUGGCAGGAGCUGCAGAUCGUGGGCACCUGCCCUGACAUCACCAAGCACUACCUGCGCCUCACCUGUGCCCCCGACCCGUCCACCGUGCGCCCUGUGGCAGUUUUGAAAAAGUCGCUGUGCAUGGUCAAGUCCCACUGGAAAGAGAAGCAGGACUAUGCGUUUGCCUGCGAGCAGAUGAAGUCGAUCCGGCAGGAUCUGACGGUGCAGGGCGUCCGCACCGAGUUCACGGUGGAGGUGUAUGAGACCCAUGCCCGGAUCGCCUUGGAGAAGGGUGACCAUGAAGAGUUUAACCAGUGCCAGACGCAGCUCAAGUCGCUGUACGCCGAGAACUUGCCGGGCAACGUGGGCGAGUUUACUGCCUACCGAAUCCUCUACUACAUCUUCACCAAGAACUCGGGAGACAUCACCACAGAGCUGGCAUACCUCACACGAGAACUGAAGGCAGAUCCUUGCGUGGCCCACGCCUUGGCAUUAAGGACAGCCUGGGCCCUGGGCAACUACCACCGCUUUUUCCGGCUCUACUGCCAUGCACCCUGCAUGUCUGGCUACCUCGUGGACAAGUUUGCAGAUCGGGAACGCAAGGUCGCCCUCAAGGCCAUGAUCAAAACGUAUGUGGUGCCAAGCUCCCUUCUGCCCUUGCUCUUCCCAUCCUUCCACCUCGCACCGCCCCUCAGACCAGCUCCUGGCCGCAGGCCUCCCCCAGCCCCCAACCCUUGUCCUGGUCCUUGCUUCCCCAUCACCUUUCUCCAUUCAGCCCUCUCCAGUUCCUCUUGCUGUCCUUGUUGGUCACCUCUGUAUUCCGGGUCACUCCUCCCCCUCUCCCCACUGUUCCAGCCCACUGCCUCUGGGGCCUCUUCUCCACCCCGUCUGUGCGUCUCUUCCUCCUGUUAUCUCCUGCCUGGACCCCCUAGUUCACUCCUUGCCCUGGGCUUCCUCAGAACCCUGAGGUCUCUGCUUUCUCAGCUUGUUGCUGUGCUCCCACCAUAGAGGCCAUCUAGACAGCCUCUGGUCUAACAGGACAAGGCCCAGUCCCACUUAGCUCCUUUGAGAGCACCAGAAACGCUUAGGGAGACACCUGUGUUGAGGCCACACUGGGCACACUGCCAGAGGCCCCUGGUCAGGCCAUGCCCCUGCAGUGUCCUUCGUUCACUAGACAUUGUGCCUGGCUUGCUGUGGGUAGGGAUGAGUUGCUUGACUCAUGUUUAGACGCAUGAUUCUGUCUGGUGAUUGAGGUACCCAGGCGACGUUGGGCAAUGUCAAGAGAGGUUUUCGGUUGUCACAGCAAGGGGAUGCGCUUGGCAUCUAGUGAAUGGAGGCCAGGGAUGCUGCCCUGCCACCGCCAUUGGGCCCCAGAGCUCAGUCUUGCCAAGGUGGAGAAAUUCUGGUUGAAGAGGUCAACCGGUAGACUGGAGAGGCCUUGAGUGCCUGGCCAGGUGGCUCUCCGUGUGAGGUCAUAGUCACAGCACAGUUUGGAGCUAGGGAGGGACCGUCAGCCUGGAGGUUAGGAGACUCAUUCUGGAAUCUAGUGUGGGUCAAGCCAACUUCAGGGAGAGGCUGAGCCAGGGUAGGAGUCACACGAGCAGACGAGGGUGUGGGGUGCUGUGCAUGGAGCUCCAUGACCAGCUUGGGAAGUUAGAAGGAAGGGGAGGCAGGAGGCUGCUUAGUCUGCUGCCACGAUGGGCCCCAUGCAUGGUGGCUCUCAAGCUUCUGUGCUACACAGGGGCGUGUGGUUGGGCGAGUGUCCUUGUUAAUUGAUACCGAAUUGGCCUUGGUUGGGAACACAGCCAUGAGUGCCCCUCGUGGGUGGGGCCCUAGUCUGUCAUUGACCUCAUUGUGUCAGCACCUUCCCUCCAAGGAGGCUGACCUUGCCCUGCCAGCUGAGACAGGGAGACAGUGGGCUCUGAUCCCAGGGCCUCCAUGAACGCUCUGGCUUUGGAGCAGAAGCGGGUUCUAGGACUUAGGGCCCCUCACUCGGUGCCUUGAUUCCUGUGGGUCUGGAAAGGGUAGGGCUACACUCUGUGGAAGAGGGUUCAGGGAGCUCUGAGGAUCUGGCUCGUGCUAGAUGCUCAGUCAGUAGUGUCUCUUAGAAGCAGCCGGAAGUGAUUGCUUUCAGUGUGUAGUGGUGAGUGCUAGCUGGCACCCCUGUGCCUGGCUUCCCAAAGACACUGUAAUGCAGGGCAGGGGAAGCAGCGAGGGCUGGGUCCCCACGGUGGCCCUGGCAGCCCUGCCAUCCCCAUCCCCUGCCGUAUGCUGCUCCCUCCAUCUGGCCCCUGCCCCUCAGCCAGCGGAGGAGCCCGCUGGGCCCUUCCCUUCCUGUCCCCUCUCCUCCCUGGCCCCCUGCACAGGUAAGUGAGGGUGAGGGGGGGCACAGCUGGGGACUGGGGCCACUAACCCCACCCCGGGCCCCCCCGAGCCCCUGAGGUGGGGAGGCUGGGAGGCGGGUGGGGAAGCCAGCAGGUACUGUGCUGAGGAAAUCCUGUGGGUACCCGAAUGGGGGGGCAUCCCCACUCGUGGGGCCCUCCCCUGCCCUCCCGCCCGCCCGCCUCAUCACCUUCUCCUCUUGUCUCCAUAGCUUCCGCCCUGCGCUGCCAGUCUCCUACCUGCAGGCCGAGCUGGCCUUCGAGGGCGAGGCCGCCUGCCGGGCCUUCCUAGAGCCCCUGGGCCUGGCCUACACGGGCCCGGACAACUCCAGCAUCGACUGCCGCCUCAGCCUGGCGCAGCUGUCAGCCUUCUGAGCACCCAGCGAGGAGGGGCGGGGGCAGGGGCUGCAGCCCCCAGCGCUGCCUUUGCGGAUUCUGUUUUUGAGCCGUGGACUUGGGUUGUAAAUUUAUUUGUGGGGAGUGGGCUCCAGGAAGAGCCACCGUCCCUGCCCCCGUUUUCCCACCGGGGAGUCUGUACAGAGAUUUUUCUACGUUUUUAUUUUUUGCCUCAGAGGGAUGGGAUUGGGUAGGAGGGGACGGGCAGCGGAGGGUUGGGGGCAUGGUCUGCAGGCUCAUCUGUGUCCGCCUUUCACUCCACUAAUGCUGUCUCAGUGUUUUCUCUCUCUCUCUUUCGAGCUUGCACUCCGGUACCCGACCCGGCGCCCUGGCCCAUCCCAUGCCGGGGGGCCAGUGGAAAGAAGACAGGCCGUCCAGCCCGUGCCCGCCUGCGGCGGGGGCACCCAGCAAGCCCGCCCACCGCCCGCUGCCUCACCUGCUUCGCCACAGACUCUUGUUCCCAGCCCCUUGGGGCCUCCGUGUUUGGGGUGAGGGGAGCUGCUUAGAGACUGUGCCCGUCCUCGGCCCCCCACCCUGAAGUGCCAGCACCACCAGCACCAGAUUCUCCGCCGCCACAUCGCACUGAGGACACGCCGGCCGGGCCGCCUCGUCUCAAGUUGUAUAAAGUUGUCUCCGUGUCCCCUCCUCCCUCUGCCCCCAAUGUUUCUUCUGAUUUUUUUUUCCCCUUUCCCUCCCUCCUCUCCGCAUUCCUCCCUUGGUUCAGCACAGGUAAAAUGGUUCCCCUCCCUCCCUGCCUUCAUGGAUCACCAGCUCACGUCAUGUUGCCUUCUCUUUUCUUUGUGUGUGUGUUUAUUUAAGUUAUUUUUCUUCCUCCUCUCCCUUUUCUUUUUGGCCCUCCCUCCCUCCCUCUUCUGCCAUGUAACUGGAGGAUGUGCUAUGAGUUUGCAAACAGCUGGACUGUCAGGCUGCUUUUUUUCCAGAUGUUCCUCCUCUGCCUCCCCUUCCCCUCCUCUCCCCUCCCUUUCCUUCCUUCCUUCCUUUCCUUGGAGCACUGAGCACCAUUUGGAAGCUUGAGAGAAACCAAAAUUAAAGAGAGAGAGAGAGA